AUGACUUGCCGCAGAGGGAUUGCGCUCAGCGGCGCAUUUCGGUUUUUCGCCUGCAGCUUGUGCCUGGGACCGUGUCUCUUCCGUCUGCUGACUUCAAGGGGGCUGAUUUUCUUCCUGUACCCGUUAACUGCUGCGUGUCCUUUCCUUUUGCGUCCAGUCAAGCGUAACCCCGAUGCGGGGGUGGCUACUGCUGUGCAGUCGGUCAUUCAGCAUCAGACCUUCAAGCGCAUGUUGCUCUUCGGUCUCCGCUCCCUCGCCGAUUUCUGCGGACCGUCCAAUCAGCUUUACCAGGAAAAUGCGUUGGACGCGAUGGACCGCGGUGUCCUGGCGGCGAUGCAAACUGCCGUCACGACCUUCAGCGACGAUGAGGACUUGAUGCUGUGCGCGGCGCGCGUCAUUUGGGCGAUGAGUGCGGCAGUGAAGGAAGAAAUGGACGCCGCGCACAUCUCGCAGCUGCACACGGAGGGCAGCCCAAUUGUGGUGGCGAUCGUAAACAGCUCUCCCACGGACCCGCAGACGAUUGAGGACACGAUGAACUUUAUUGACAAUUUGAACCGCGCCGGCGCGCCGAUUGACGGUGCGUCGAUUGCGGGAGGCAUGCUGUCGAUUUUUUCCAAGGCAGCGAUCGGUAUGAAGACCGCGAAGCGCGUGACGGCGGCGCUGGCAAUCGCAGCCGAGUCUGCGGAGGGCUCGACGGCGCUGUACAACGCAGGCGGCACGAGUGUACUGCUGACUUACUGCCUGAACCAGGGCGACCAGUCCGAUGCGGGCGUGGAGAUGGUGGAAGGCGCUUUCGACACGGUGCGCUUCAUGGCUGUGAACCAGUGCACGGACAGCUCCACGCUGACGCAGUGCAUUGAGUUGAUGGACAAGUACCGCAGCAAGAAGAGCGCGUCGGCGAAGGGUAGUGCCGCGCUCGCAGCGAUGAUUGGUCCUGAGCAGCUUCAAAAGUGCCUGCAGACGCUCAAGUCGGCCGAAAGCGGCAGCCCCGAGUACGACGACGCACUCGUCACGCUCGGCAGUAUGUCUUACAUCAGCUCCUUCACGGACGAGAUCGUGAAGGCCGGAGGCGUGCCGCUGCUUGUUGAGUUGAUCAAUUCGGGUCUGCCCCAGCUUGAGUCGAAUCCCGAGAAGAUCGCCUCCAUGAUCAGUGGCGCCGCGAAAAUGUUGGCGAGAAUUGCGUCGAACCCCUCGAACGUGGACGCCAUUGUGCAGGCUGGAGGCGUCGCCACGCUUUGCACUGCGGUCUCGUACUGCACGGAGAGCAUGGAAGCGCUCGGCUCGCUCUGCAUGGCGCUCGUGCCUCUCUCGACCCGCGAGAGCCUGGCGCACGAAAUCGUUCAGUACCAAACCUUUGCGACUGUCCUCCCGAUUCUCUACCAGAACGUCGAGUCCCCCGAAAUCGCCUCGCUCGCCAUGGAACUCGUGGCAGCCGGCUCGCAGCACGCCGAAAUCCAGGAACACAUGCUCCAAAACCAAGCUGCCGAGAUCUGCUCACUCUGCUGCCAGUACCACACCGCCGACGUCACCUACCAGCAGCACGCCAUCUCGGCGCUUAACCGCCUCGUACCCCGACUCACCACGCUCCAGGGCGUCAGCGACUACGGUGGCAUCCAGGGCGUGACCAUCUCCCUCACUGCGAAUGUCAACAACGAGCAGCUCGCCCUCGUCGGCGUGCAGCUCCUGGACAACUUCUCUCAGGUUGCGGACGCCAAGUCGUUCAUGAGCGACGGCACGUGUGUGGACGCAGUUCUGGCCGCAAUGUUGGAGCACGAAGGAAACGACGCUCUGAUCAGCUGCGGUAUUGACUGUCUGGGCCGCAUUGCGACGGAGAACGACUGCGCUCGCCAUCUUGACGUCUUGGACUCUGCGAUUCAAACUGUCCGCGGCGACCCCGACGGCGCCUACAAGGUCCUCGCGGCUAUUUCGGGUCUGUCGCGUGUGCCGACCCUCAGACAGAUCUUCGAAGAGAAGCAGGCCGCCGAUACGAUCAUGAAGGGCAUCGCCUCUUGGAUCGAGUGCACGCGAUUCGAAGGCCAGGGCCGCAUCGUGCGCGCCGGCUUGAAGUGCGUCAAGAACAUGAAGAUCAGCGGAGAUGGAGACCUCACUUCCAGUUUCGUCUCCAUGUGCGACGUCGCUUGCCUGCCUCAGGUGAAGCGCGUGGUGGAGUUGGAGGAGCCGGACAGCAACAUUUUGGUUGUGGAUACGGCGGCGUUCCGCGACUUGGCGGCGACAAUGCGUAUCUCGAGCAAGGAGAACAUUGAACAGUGCAUCGAGGGCGUGCUGCGCGUGAUGCGCAAGUACCCCGACAGUCGUCGCGCGCAGAUCAACUGCCUGGAAACGCUCAACUACCUGGUCCAGUGCGAUGGAGGCGACGGCGUCGGCAUCCUGGCGCGCACUGGAGGCUUGAACGCGGUUGUGCAGUACCUGAAUCGCGCCCCGAUGUACCUGGAUGCGCAGAUCGCCGGCUUCACCGUGUUGGCGACCUGCGCCAAGAUCGACCCGAGCACGGCCGAGACGAUGAAGAAGUGCAACUGCCUCCAGGCGCUCAAGGUGGCCAUGAGGACGCACGCCAAGUCGAAGGAGCUGAAGCGCACGAUUGCGCCGCUGCUCGCGCUGCUGAUGCCCACUGACGCGCUGGAGAGAGAAAUCCAGGAGCUGCUUGCGGAGUGUGAAGACGCGUGCGCGAAGAACAACUUCGCCAAGCUCCACGAGAACUUGUCGGCGCUCAACGAGCUGCUCAUCUCGGCGGAGGGAGCCAAGAUCGCCGCGCGCUCCAACAUCGGGCCGCGGAUGUGCAAGUUCCAAGAGUACAUCGUGGGCCAUGAGGCGGACGCCUUCAGCGUGACUGACUACGACAUUCUGGGCAAAGACUUGUACGACGCCACCGUCAGCGAGUGCGCGCAUGCCAUGGAGCAAGUCGCUGCAACGCGCGUGGGUCGAACGCAUUUGAUCAAGGCGGGCAACGUCUCCACUCUGAUCAACUUGUACGAGUCGCUCAAAGGCCCGCAGAGUCAGUACUACGAGGACGCAGCGGUGCACUGCCUGGACGGCCUGCGUCUGCUCCUCAAGGGCGACAAGCGCUCGGCGGAGCUCGCCUUCGAGAGGAACUUUGUAGACACUCUUUGCGUCGGCAUCGACAACUUCCCGCAGAGCGCCCCCGUGCUCGCGGCCACCUGCGGAUGCCUCGCAGCCAUGGCGACGACUCCCGAGCGCGUCCAGAUGCUGACUGCGCAGCCCGCUUUCGAGUCGCUGCUGCAGAAGCUCGUGUUCAUCAUCCAAAAUGACCCGAAGAAGGAAAGCAAACUCGUCGCCAUGCGCGCGCUCCAGGAUCUCCUUGAGACCACCAACGACGCCACCAUGGCCACCAAGAUCGCCGAAGCCGGCGCCGUCACCGCUCUCUUCAGAAUCAUCGACGAAUACGGAGAUGAUGAGCAGCUCACGACCCAGGCGGCCCGCGUCCUCGCGCUGAUCGGCACCUUCGAUGACCUCAGACGCUUCUACGAUAACGACGUCCGCUUCCCUGCGCAGGUUGUGACGGAGGCUCUGGCGAAGCAGCAGAACAACGAGCAGGCGGUGAUCAACUUGUUGGAUGUGUUGAACAAGUUGGUGAUUUCGGACGAUCGCGCGGUGCUUCGCGAGUUGGGUCUGAUGGAGCAGGUGGCGGACGCGAUGCGCAUCCACAGCGAGAGCGACGAGGUGACGCGUCUGGGAGGCGAGCUGUUCGCCAAGAUGGGCGCUGAUGAGCAGAUCAAGUCGCUCAUGCUUCAGAUCAUCGACGCCGUGGAGUCUGGCGCAGAGGACACCGCCCAGCGCGUGGACAACCUGUGCGCGCGCUUGGCGAUGUUCCUGGCGGCGCCGCUGGAGGAUCCCAAGGACGCGCUGCAGCACACCGAAAAGUGCCUCGGCUCGCUCGUCGUCGUUCUGGGAACCUACCCAGGCAACGAGCGCCUGGAGGCGAACGUCGCGUGGGUCACGCGCCGUCUCUGCGAUCGCUGCUUCGACGACCCGAACGACCCCUUCGGCGCCUGGGCUGUGACGGCCUCCGGCAUGCUUUCUCAGUACGCUAACAUGAUUGCCGCCGAGAGCGUCAACAACAACAAGCGCUUCCUGGGCUCCGCAUACCGCACGCUCGCGGCCUGUUGCGCCAACGCGUACUGCAUGCCGACUAUGCUCGAGGUCGCCCCUUCGUUCCUCCCCCAGACCUACGCCCUCCUCGAACUCCACAAAAACGACGCCGAAACCGUCAGCAGAAUCCUCGAGUUCCUCCGGUAUUUCGCCGAAGACGCAGCUGGAUGCGAACUCAUCAUGCAGUACAUGAGCGGCUCCAGCGGCGACAUCCUCGCCCUGGCUAUGUUGCUCAUGCAGCAGCACCAGCACAACGACGGCGUCGUCACGGCCGGAAUGGAGCUCCUGGGCGCCUUGGCCUACAACCUCGCUCAGGCUGGCUACGAGCCUCUUCCCGCCUUUGCGGAUGGCUCCAUCCUGCGUGAUUGCGAGGCCCUGGUCGGCUCCAACGCCUCGGAGGCCCGCCAGUUGGCCCACAUGCACAUGAUCGAGCGCCUGCUUCUCUCCAAGUCUUACAACGAGACGCUGAUCAAGGAGCAGACUCUCAAGAAGCUGUCGCAGCACCUUAAGGCCGAAGACGACAAGAAGCGCCUCACCGAUGAACAGCGAGCAGGUGUGUACGCGGCGAUGGCGCGUGUGCUGUUGGCGGCGAGCGACCCGAGCAUGACGGCGGAGGUGGAGAAGUGCCAAGGCUUCGAGCUGCUACUGCAGGCCAUUGAGGAGUUCCCGGAGAAUCCGGCGGUGAUCAAGGAGGUGAAUCGCGCGCUGCAAGGUCUGGCGGCGGCGGACCAGAACAUGAUGGUCCGCACCGUGAAGGAGGCUGUGCCCAAGCUCUGCGCGGAGGCGACCAGCGCGAUUCAGACCGACCCGGAGUGCGCGGACACAUUCUGCGACUUGAUGCUUCAGCUCGUCGCGACCGAGGGCAACGGCCGCCAGCUGCUGCAGGUGUACGGCUUGGAGGAGACACUGCAGGGCAUCACGAACUUGGGCGACUACUACGGCGACGAAUUCGGCCAGCAGCUGAAGGACAAGGUGGCGAUGAUUCGCCAGGCGAUGGAGGACGACCAGCCGCGCGAGAAGACUUGCAAGGACGUCUACGACUUGCUCAACAACCGCACGGUGCAGGGCCUCUCUGUGGCGAUCAGCGAGGUCGCCAUGCUCCAGGAGGAGGCAGAGUUCCUUUUCACGCAGAUGGCCGUGUACAACAAGGAGCAGCUCGACUCGCAGACCGCGAUGGGUGCCGACCACCAGUAUGGCAACAUGGCGUUCGAGCUGCUCGCUGCGAACCCGGCCAACGUGAAGCUCCUGCAGGCGAACGACUUCUCCAAGAUUAGCCUGGCUCUGAUCAAGGGCCAGAAGGACGAAGAAAUCAUCCUCUACGCAGUCAAGGCGCUCGUCGCCUUCUGCAGACACCCGCCCGCCGCCCAAGACACCGCGAGAAUUCAGGGCUGCCCCGCCCUCAUCACGGACGCCUGCGCGAAAAUCAACAAGAGCAAGGACUUGACCAACGAACGCAAGGAAGAGCAUCUCUGCGCCCGGUACUUUCUCGUCGAGCGAACCGCCGUCAACCGAAACCUGUACAACAAAACGCCCAUCAUGACGGAGCUGAUCAAAACCUGGGACGACUACGACAAGGGUGCCUACACUUCCACGCUCCUCAGACAUGUCUUCCGCGCGAUGCGUCGCGUGGUAUCUGAUGCGCACGUCGAGGAGCUGCUGAAGGCGAACGUGCUGCAGCGCCUGAUAGCCAUUGUGUCGGACGUGAACGCGGACAUUGCGCUGCUGCCCGAUGUGCUCUUCUUGCUCGGAAGUCUGGCUGUGGUCCCCGAGAUCAAAACCAAGAUCGGCGAGCUGAACGGCGUCUCGGCGUGCACCGACUUGCUCAAGCGCUCGCUGCCCAACCCCGCGGCGGCGGCCGUCGUCACCAACGUCUGUCUGGCCUUCGCCAACAUCUGCAUCGGCCACAAGAAGAACACGGAGAUCUUCUCCAAGCUGGGCGGCCCUGACCUCAACGUCCGCGUGCUCAACGAACGCGGACACGAGUACGACAUCUGCAACGCCGCCAGCGUGCUCCUUUGCAACUUGCUGUACAAGAACGAAGUCAUGAAGAAGUUUCUUGGCACCAACGGCGCGCCCGCAGCCCUCGUCAAGGGCCUCUCGAACUACGACGGCUCUGAGGAGAAGUCGGCGAUUCGUUGCCUGGAGUCCGUCUUCAAGGCCAUCAGCAACUUGUCGCUGUACACGCCAAACAUCCAGCCGUUCUUGGACGCGGGCAUCGAGAACGCGUACAGCACGUGGCUGAGCAACCUCAGCGAGACGUUCCCCGAUGCGCAGCUCGAGACUGGGUGCCGCACGCUGACGAACCUCGUGAUGGAGAACGAGGAGUCAAACAUGAGGAAGUUCGGCGUCUGCUUGCUGCCUUGCAUGGCUGUCGCGAAGCAGGGUCGCACAGACACCAAGGCGCUGCUUCUCUUGCUCGACAUUGAAGCCAGUCUCUGCCGACUGCCGGAGAACGCCCAAAUCUUCGCCGACAACGGAGGCAUCGAAACGACCAUCCGCCUCAUCCAUCAGUUCGACUACGACGUCGCCCUCCUCACGCUCGGAAUUCACCUUCUCGGCAUCCAGAGCGCGAUCAAGGAGUCUAUUCAGAAGCUCUUGGACGCCGAUGUGUUCUCCAUUCUCGUCGGAUGCGUUGAGGUUGACGCUGAAGGAAACGAAGUCACAGAUCUCGUUGUUGGCGGCCUUCGCUGCACGAGACGCAUUGUGCGCAGCGAGGAGCUGGCGUUUGAGUACUGCAAUGCAGGAGGCAUUGCGACGAUUGCCAACGUGAUUUGUAAGUCGAUCAACCAGCCGAUGGUCAUGCUGGAAGCCUGCCGCGUGCUUCUCGGCCUUCUCUUCUACACGACGCGCAGCCAGAGCGAGCGCCAGGCGGCUGUGCAGGCGCUCAACGAGGAGUGUGAGCGCAGGGCGAAGGAGCUGUAUGACCAGGCUGUCGCGGACUACGAGUCUGGCGCGACGACAGAGCCUCCGCCUGAGGAGAUGGAAGUCCCUGAGCCCGACGCGGAUGAACUCGCUAACGCGGCCUAUGGUGGCUGGUACCAGAUGGGCAUGGACGAAGUGAUGAUCGGCGCCAUCCUCCAGGCCGUCUGCGCGUGCGCAGCCACGGAGGCGCAUGCCAAGCAGCUGCGUCUCCAGCGUGUGUGCCUGGGCCUAGCCGCCUACUUCGCCUCGGAGCAGAUGGGCGCGGACAGUCUGGUCGGAAGCGGCGUUGAUCAAGUCAUGACGCAGAACCUGACUAACUUCGCCGGCGAAGCGACGACUUCGCAGCUCUGCUGCGUCAUAAUUAACUCGAUCGCCAUGACCAGUGGCGACAUGUACGAAGAAAUCAAGUCGAAGGAACUGAUGGGCGCGCUCAAGACCAGCUUGGGCAAGCUGCCGACGAAGAAGCCUGAGGAGAAGGCGAUCAAGGAAGUCUGCACUAAGACCUUGAACGCCAUGGGCUCGAGCGAAGAUCCGUUCGACGCCUUCAGCAAGACUGUGACUGAACUCGACUUUGCUCUGACGGAGUGGAACGUUGACCCGUACCCGAACGGCGUCCACGACUUGCCCUCCGGCGUCAAGGAGGCGCUUCGAAAGGGUGGGAAGCUCAAGGUCUUCAUGGGCGACAAGGCGCGCGAGGAGAUCCGCUGGCGCAGCUCUCAGGACUUGAACGCGUUCGAGUGGAGCGUGGGAACAGACCAAGACUUCAACAACCGCGUGCCCAUCGUGCGCAUCCGCAACGUCGCUAAGGGGCUUGUUCACCCGGCGCUGCAGAAUGCAGCCAAGAAGGAGCCCAGAAAAGUUACUCCGAAACUGACUCUCUGCCUGUUUGGGCCCCCUAACGACGACUUCCCGAACGGCGUCGAGCUGCCGAUGAAGGCGAAGACUCAGAAGGAGCGCGACCAAUUCGUGGAGCUUAUGGUUCAGUGGCGCGAUGCGGCCACUUACAACUUCUGA